AUGAGUUUUGUCUUUCGAGGGAGUAGGGGAGACAUUGAAACCGGGUUUCCUGGAUUUAUACCUGAACGUCGCUCAGUGAGAAUCCAUGCAGCCCGACCUGUUAAUACAAACUCUCUUGCCUUUCUUGUCACAGUUCUUUUGCUGUUCAUGAUAUUGAACUCGCACCAAAUGUCACCAAACUUUCUGCUUUGGCUUGUACUUGGUGUGUUUUUGAUGGCUACAAGCCUAAGAAUGUACGCCACCUGUCAACAACUUCAAGCCCAAGCACAAGCAAAUGCUGUGGCAGCUAGUGGGCUCCUUGGUCAUACUGAACUGCGGUUGCAGAUGCCACCUUCCAUUGCACUUGCCACACGAGGCCGAUUGCAAGGCCUCCGGCUACAACUUGCACUUCUUGACAGGGAGUUUGAUGAUUUAGAUUAUGAAACUUUAAGAGCACUGGAUAGUGAUAGUGGUCCAACAGCCAAUUCAAUGACUGAGGAAGAUGUAAAUUCUCUUCCUCUCCAUAAGUACAAGGCUGCCAACAACAACUCUAAAAGUGGCAGUGGGAGCUUAUCAGAGGAACAAGGUUCAUCUUCAGCCACCUCAGAGCAGAAGAAGGUGGAGAGUGGUGGAAAUGGAAAUGGAAAAAGUUGUGAAGAUGAAUUGACAUGCAGUGUUUGUUUGGAGCAAGUUAAUGUAGGUGAACUGGUUCGUAGCUUGCCAUGCUUGCAUCAGUUUCAUUCAGAGUGCAUUGAUCCAUGGCUACGACAGCAAGGAACCUGCCCUGUUUGCAAGUUCAGAGUUGGAUCUGCAUGGAGGCAUGAUGAGAACCAAGAGGAGAUGGAUGAUGAUGAGGAUGAUGAUGAUGAUGCAUCACUUGGAGUUUGAUCCAUCCGAUUUAGCUUUUGGGCAUUUGCAAUUAAAGGAAAAAGACAUUUAAUGUUGAUAAUACACAACUACUUAACUGGAAUACCUGUAUGGAUGAAAUAGGCUCUGAUUGUAUGUAAAAAAAGCUAACAAAUGUUACCAUAUGGGAAAAAUAACAACAAUAACCAACUCCCAUAUCAUAUGAAUGGGCAAGGGCAUGCCAUUUUACAAACUUCCAUCUUCGUCCUGUUCCCUCUCCUAUGAUUUUAUCUACACUGUA